AUGGCAUCUUCGGACGAUCUCACAAAUCUGCAGACGCCUCCGUCAUGCACAGCGGACUUUUGUCUCAUUCCGCUGGGCACGCCGACGGCGUCAGUGUCUAAAGAGGUAGCUGAGGUACAGCGGCUGCUCAAGAAGAGCGGCCUGGAAUACUCGAUGCAUUCGGCAGGAACUACUGUUCAGGGCUCGUGGGACGAUGUAAUGAAGGUCAUCGGACAAUGCCACGCGAUGCUGCAUCAGAACGGCGUGGUCAGGAUCCAGAGCGACAUCCGGAUUGGAACGAGGACGGACAAGAAGCAAGGGUUCAAGGACAAGGUUGCGGCGGUGGAGAAGCUGUUGAAGGAUGAUGCGGCUUGA